CUCUGGUAUGAUGACAGCAGUUCUAUGGAACUCAUUAUGUCCAAGAUUAUUUAGGAGCCUGGAGAUUGGAACAGUAUUACUUAUACAGCAGUAUGUUGUAAAAGAUGGAUAUCAGAAGCGGACUCGGCCUGUUUCAUACUACCCGGAGAUAAAAAUCUGCAAUGAAAUUGACAUUUCUUUGAACUCUCAGAAGCCAACAGCUGAUAUCAAGAUUAUUCCACAGAAUCAAGUUAAACCUGAGUGGAGGCUACCAGAGAUUAAGUAUCACUUUAUUACAAGGAAUAAACUGGAGACACUGCCUGAUAAUUAUACUUGUGAUGUCAUAGGCCUUGUCACCUUUGUGGGCAGAUGUGAAAGAAUCAGAAAGACAGAUGAUGAGGAUUUUUGGAUUCGACGGUUUGUUGAGAUGGUGGAUGAAACCAGUGAAAAACCAUUUAUUUUGGAGCUUUAUUCGACUUCCCAGCCAGAAAUUCAUGAGAAGCUUCACCCAGUGACCUUCUUAGUGUGUACUCAGAUGAGAAUUAUUGGAAGCAAUUUGCAAACUGGAAAACCCAUUACUUAUUUAACUUCAUCCAGUGAGACUCAGAUUUACGUUACAGGUUAUCACAAGGGGAGGCCUUACACAGCUGACAGUCGAGUCAAAAGAUUUAUUCAGUGGGCAAAAUCACAGCAAGAGAAGGAUUUUCUGGAAAGAGCUUUUGUCGGAGGACACUAUUCUUUCCCUCUUCUCCCAUCAAGUUUUCGGGAAUACAGUCAAAGCAUAAAAGAGAUCACUCUCACGUCAAUGGGUGAGGUCAAAGAAAAAAUAGAAAGUCUAAAUUAUAAGGAACAUAAACGUUUAGUCGUUCAAGGAAUUAUUACUUCUGUCAGAUAUAAUUCCCCUUCUCCGUCAGCUGAAUGCUUAACAGACAAAGAGCACAUUCAGUAUAGAUGUAAUAAAGGGAAUGAAGAGCAGAGCAAAAAAAGAAAAGUAAUGCAAAUCAAAUCUGGACUUUCUGAACCUUCUCACAAAUCCAUCAAGGAAGAACUUGUUCCUAAUCCAGAUCAAUUGUCCAGUAGUGAAGAAACAGAAGAGGAAUAUAUACUGCUGAUGAAGGUGUCAAUGGAAUAGAAGAAGUUGCAAACUUUGAACCAAAAGAAGUUGCCUUCGAUUACUCCUGGCAAAGUUCAAAGUGGCCCAAUAUUAAACGUCAAGUGAAAGAAAUCUUGCCGUUUGGCCAGCUACUUCCUGAAAGUUAUCCGCACAGGUUUAAAUAUUCACAGAAAGAAGAACUAAUGAGGCAGCAUAACCUUCAUCCAUCAAGUUAUGUUUCAACCCUGCUUGACUCCACCAAGAAUGCUAAGGAGUUCACGUCUGCCUUGAAUCAUGGUUACUACAGUGUCACUAUUGUUGAUCUAAAUCAAGAAAUUGCAAUGGAUAUUGUUUUUCUGCCGUCAGGCUUGGGAGUUGACAGGAUCUUUGAUACUUCUGCAAAUGAUACUAGUUUGAUUUCCAUCUUGUCUGGUGCUUGCACUUCUGAAACUGCAGUCUCGAAUGACCAACUCAUGAAAACUGCCCCUGAGCUAGAUGGAAAGCACUUCCUAUUCAUAUUGGAUCUCUACUAUAAUGGGAAUAACAGAACUGAAGUUAUGCUAAAAAGAGUAUAUGAAAGAUGUUAACUUAUUUCAUAAGUUGCCAUUUUGUUACAGAAAAAAUCUUAUAAAGAUGCUGACUCAUUCUUGGAUUUGGUUUCACAAGCAAAUGUAACUUUCUGGUACCAUGAUUCAGUGACUAAUCUUUAUAUGGGAACUUGGAGGUUGAUUGUUGGCAAGCAAUUUGACUGGAGGGCAUCAGAGCCAAACAAAAUGUUUUCAUCCAAUGCCAUUUGUGCUCACUUCAGGAACACUGAACACUCCACAUUAUUAUCCAGAAUUAUCCAAACUACAAAAGGUUUCCUUGCUUCAAUUUUAGGCUUCCUUAGUUAUGUCGUAUUAAAAAACACUCAGAAUUUCUUAGCAAUUGGUCAAUUCUUGAUUUCACCAAAUAGGUGGUAUUGAGUGAUUAAUGGUUGAAAAUUAUUUUCACCAAAGGUUAGGUUUUUGUAAGCCUUUAGAUAUUAAUAGAUGUAAAGUACUUAUAUUAAUGUUAUAGCCAUUAAAAAAGUAAAUACUAAUAAAUGUCUUUGUAACAGUACAAUACAAAAUUACAUUUAUAUAUCGCCUUUCACUUUGAAAGGACGACAAAAUGGAGACAGUGUCAGAGGUAGAACUACUCAAGGACAGAACCAUGAAGGUUGAGGUGAGAGGGCAGAGGUGGUGGAGGAGGAUAGAGUGAUCAGUGGUUUCAAAGGCAGAGGAUAGGUCAAGGAGGACGAGGAGACAGGAGCCCUGGUCACAGAUGGACAGAA